AUGAGCAGAGAGCGGGGGAAGAGGAGGACACUGCGUGUGCAAGUGGAGCGAAGGGACCAGCAAUCGCAGAUUGCACACACAGCCACCGAUCUCUCAGCAUACAUCCCGCGCCACGAUGAUGAUGAUAAUGAUGGCGAUGAUGAUGAUGGCGAUGACGAUGAUGGUGGUAGUGGUCGCGACCGGCUAGGGAGGAACGCAGAGGGUGGGAGCAUGCACGUGCACUUUGCAUUUCCAGUGGACGACAGCAGUGCGACGAGCGGUGGCGGUGACAAAAGUGCGGGUCAAGACACGUGGCCAGAGGCGAUGGACCAGAUGGAGCCGCCAACGUUUGAGGACUCACACAUCCGGCACUCGACGACGGGGGACCGGCUCGUGUUUGUCGGUGGAGAGCGCGUGCCACCACCGCCAUCGCGCCGUGCACCGACACGCCCAACACCAACACCAGCAGCCACACGCCCAGCACCAGCACCGCGGCCACGGCCACGACCGCGCAAUCGCCCAUCAGCUGGAGGGGCGUCGUCAUCGUCGUCGUUGCUGUUGGACGCGUCGGGCGGUGGAAGUGGUGCUGCUGCCGAUUCCAUGGACGUGACCAUUCUCAACAAUGCAACACACGAGCACAUGUCGUUCACGGCCUUCGCCGCCACCACCGUUCGCGACAUCAAAUCGUAUCUCCUGCGCGCUUUCGAUAUUCCCAUCGACUGCCAGGUGCUGACGCUCGGGGAUACGGAGCUGACGAGCGGUGCGCGUGUGUUUGCGCUGGGAAUGAACGCGGACGACGUCAUUGUCCUCAACACCCGCGACUACACCGCAAUGUGAAAAGCGCGCAAACGCACACACACACGCGCGCGCGCGCACACACACAAACACACAUUCACACAUCAACGCACUCACACACUUACACACACACACACACACACACAGUCACAUUCCCACAUUCACACACACACAUUCUCUUCAUUAUGGGCGCAUUUCGCCAUUGUUACUGCCGCUUGCUGUGGUACCAUUUCGGUCUGUUCGAUUUGCUGUUUUCUUAUUUGCCCGAUAUGGAUGGAUGCGCGGCACUUGUUGGUGCUUGCAUAAACGACGCAACCAAAGA